CGAUUGACAGUUGGAAUGGAAAAACGGUAUAAAAGCCGCAGAGAGAGAGAGAGAGAGAGAGAGAGUGGUGUGCGGUCGAUGGACAUCGUGGGGAAUCACCGCGGGAAUUCCUCUCUCGCCCCCGUCGAUGAAGCUCGCGUGCGCGACGCCGCCACUUCAGAUAUCACUGGUGUACGAGCGAUCGAGGGGAUCACGGACCACGUGAAAAGGGAAGCAGCCGUCAAUUGGUAUACACGGUGUACACACGGGCCGCGCGUGAAGAGAGUGCGAAUAUUGGUAUCGCGAUAACGAACGGGGAACCCCUCGCGUGUCCGAAAGUACGAGCCACCCCAGCCGUCCACGUUAUCCUCCAACACGCGUGCGUUAUAUCGGCGAUCUCUCGGUGAUUAAUGCCAGCUGUUAGUACCAGGAGGCUCCAGUCAAUUGAAUCUCAUCGUUCGACCGCGUAUAAGCCUCGCUUCUAGUUGCCUUUAUCCGCUCGCUGAAACAUCACCGGCAACGUUAGAUAUGUCUUAAAGGCGUUCAUUUUUAUUGUUGUUUUCAAUCUUGAUUUAGUGUCAUUUAUAAGAUAAGAAUAUUUAAUGAAUUUUUUGAAUGUAUCUCUCUUUUCCAUUAUUCUUACGUAUUUAAAAAAAAAGUAAUUUUAUUAUGCUAUACUAAUGAUAUAAAUAAAAAUGUAAUUUUUGUUCGUAGAAAGAAAUUGGUAAAUGAAUUCCAAUUUCGUUCUAUAAUUUGUUUUCUUCGAAACAAUGUGAUUUCUGUGUUAAGAUUUCUUUUUUUUUCAAAGUUGUGACACGUUUCGUUUAAAAAUGAUUGACUACGAUACAUUGACUCGAUACAUUUCGAUUGAUGUAAUCUUUUACCAAGAUAUUUUCGUAUUAUUUAAGCCAUCAAUUUUCUCCAACAACAUUCUCGAGUAAAAAAGAAUUUACAUGUACUCGAAUUCCAACGUUGACAACGUAAAUAAUAGAUCCCAUGGAAUUUACCAUGUUAAGGAAGAAGAAAGGAGAAGCUUCCAUAGGUUGUCCAUUUUCAAAACUCUAGGUUGAACGAAAAGAAUAAAAUUUCCCUGGUGGACGUUGGACACGAUAAAAUCCUGGCAGGUGCGUAGCACGUUAAACUUUCGAGUUUCGAGGACGCAAUUUUCCCAAGGGAAUCAGUCCUCGCUAAUGCAAGAGUGGUUAUAGAAGGAGAAAGAGGAAAGAGGGAGAUGGAAACAGGGGUAUAAAGGGGGACGGUGUAAAGGGAAAGAGAGGGAACUCUGUGCGGGCGGUAACUGGCGACGAGGAGUUUGAGGGUUGAACGAGCUGACGCUUUAAGCGAUGUAAGUUACAGAAACUACGCUUCCGACCAGUCUCGGGCGCAGAUUAGUCGUAAUCUCGGCGCAUUGCACUCUGCAGCCGUUUCCAACCACCCUUUCACCCCCCGUUAGCUCGAGACCUCACAACUACAAAGCUUUCCAAACCGUUACCUCCUCGCCGAACCAAGACGAACGUGUUAGACGCAUCUAAAUUCACGUAUACCAAACGCUGCAUCGUUUCCAUCCUUGCGACACACAUACGCGCGCACGCGCACGCACACAUGUGCACACAGACGUUGUGUAUAUACUUGUCGCCGUAUCGCCGCUUUGAUUAUUUCCUGGAGGCUUAAACCAGCUACGUCUACGUCUUCGUAUGGGUCCAGGUUACAACUUAGACGGCCAAGAUUAAACACUUCUUGGUUUAUGACCUCAUAGCCGAUCCUUAGACUCGGUUUACUGUGGCUCAACGAGAUUUUCCGCGAUAGCUACCGCUUCCUUUUAUAUGCCUGUUACUGAAAAUCGAUAGUCCUAGGUGAUCGUGGCUUGAUAACUCGGUAAUAUCGUCUCGGUGAUGUAAUAGUGUAAGUUGAAUCACCGAUUGUUCUUUCCGAGGUGAUCAGUUUUUACAUAAAAUGUGUCCAUCUUGGCCAAGAUAGGAUAAGAAACUAUGGUAACUAGUAUAAUAUUGAACAAACUAAAGGUUUGGAUUCUAUCUGCAAAUGGUUUCAACAGUUUGUUUCUUUCUUUCGUUAAAAUAGUUUUCUUAUAUUUCCACAAGUAGUAUAAAAAAAUGAAAGGCGAUUUACAAGAUAAAAAAGAAAUUACAAAGACCGAGAAAACUAUUAACAUUAAAAAUCCAGUGAUUUUCGAUAGUAUUUGCAAGGAAAUUAUAUUGCGAGAAAAAUUGUUUCGACGCAAUUGGUCCAGAAAGUACGAACAUUUGAUGGGUGGAUUUUUUAAGAAAGUGUUGGUCGAAGAAUGCAGAAAGAAGGGAUUUCCGGCGGACACUUUCGAACACAAACCGCCGGAAGAUGCGAUUAAGCGUUCACCGAUUCUUCUGAAACCAUCGCCAUCCAUUCCCAGAACGACAUCCGGUAUGAUAGGCUUACGAUCAUCUCAUCCGGAAUACAAUCUUGAGUUUACAGGUCGUUGGUAUAUUUCGCCAAAACAUACGAUUGAACCAUCCAUGAAACCUGGCGAAUUUCGCAUAGUACAACAAAAAUUCAUUUUUCUCGGUUAAAUGAACAAACAUUUGAGUAUAAUGUGGAAUAUAUAUUUUGUACACAAAAAACAUUGUAUACCGUAAGAAAUGUAUCGAAAAAUAAAUUGUCCUGAUCUUGUGUAGCACAAGUAUUACGACAUAAAAAUACACAUAAUUCUUAAUUUCCAAGAUAG